GCAAUUAAUGCUUCAAAACAACGUUCUAAUUUGCAUGGAAAUUUUUAAAAUUUGACGUCCAAUUUGGAUUUUAAGCACGUAAAAAUGUCCGUAUAAAUCUCGUAAAAGUUUCAAUGAUGCAACAAGGCUUGAGUUGUUCGCGUUACGAGGCAGCUGGGAGAGACGCCAUUACGCCUUUUGUGUGUUCAACGUUCAAAGAUUUUGCUAAAGAGAGAGAUUAUUUGGCUGAUGUUGUAUUUCGACGAUUGCAAGAGAAUUGUGAAGGACGAGGAACUCAAUUCCUGCCAGUAGACUUAAGAUGGAAUGAAGAAUCCAUUAACAGCAGUCACUCAAAUGUUUUACAACAAUGCCUUGAUGCUAUCAAGGAGUGUUCCCCAUUUUUCAUUUGUCUUUUGGGGGAGCGAUAUGGUAUACAUCGUCCACCAGAUGCAGUGUCAAAUUCUGAUGAGAAUUUCCAGGGAACAAUGGAAUGGUUGGAUAAGAAUUUUGAGACAGCUGCAUCUGCUGGGAAUGAAUGGGUUCUGGACAAGGAAAAUAGACAUUGCAGCCUAACAGAACUUGAGAUAAUCAAAGCAUCAUUUCGUGAGCGAACAGAUCAUGGUUAUUUUUACUUUCGUGACCCCACCCAUCUUCAGGAACAGAGUGCUGACUUGAAUGUCUCACAAAAAGCUAUGUUGAUGGAAACUUAUGAAAGUGAAAGCGAGUUUGCCGCAAGAAAAAUUAAGGACCUUAAACAGCAGAUCAUUGAUACAGAACUUCCAGUCAAACAUUUUAAGACGGUAGAAGAACUUGGUCAGUUGGUAUUAAAAGACUGGUUACUGGUUGUGGACUCGCUUUACCCGCCAAUAGAGAAGAAAAUUUUCACCUCAGUAUGGCACGCAGCUUUUCGCGAAUGGUCUGAGCACGAAUCGUUUGCAAAGACACGUCGGACAGUUUUCGUUAAAACUGACUUUAUUCGUAUGACAUUAGAUACACUUACGAGACAUGCGCAGUACCCUUCUCGCGGGCUUAGCGGCAGGGAGUCUAGUAGUUCGCUGACAAAGAUUAACGAGGGCACAUUCCUCACCAGCGUUUUAGGGAUGGAGACCUUCCCAUCAAUCGUAGCGAUUGUUGGCGAAAGGGGUUGUGGUGCGUCAGCUAUUUUGUCCAAUUGGGUAAAAUCGUUUACUCGUGACCAUCCCCAAAUAACGGUCAUUUCACACUACGCUGAGAGUGGACAGCGGUCAGCAGAAAUAACAUCGUUCAUGAAACGAUGCACAUCAGAACUGCGCUCAGUGUAUCGUGGACGAAAUCCUAUUAUUCAGCUUGAUUUUUUGGACCUGAUCGAUUUUAAUACGAUCACGGAGGCAUUUCAGGCGUCGUUGUCUUUGGGACCUUGUGUCGUAGUCUUGGAUGGUUUGUGUCACAUGACGGCCAGUCAAGACAUCCCUGCACAUGUCGUUAAGCAAUUGUCCUGGCUACCUGCUAAUAUUCCACCUUCAUGUCGGGUUGUGCUCUCGACAACCCUUUCAGAUAUAAGCUAUAAAUACUUAUCCACUCGUGAUGACGUACACCUUAUUAAUAUCCCAUCGUUAAAUGCCAAGGACAAGUUACGUGUUCUCCACGAGUAUUUAAAUGACCACGUGCGGUAUCUCGACCCUCGAGACCAAGAGACAAUCAUCGCGGGAAAGUUGAGUGGGUUUCCCGUAUACCACGCAGUAUUGGCUAACCAGAUCCGGCUGCAUGGCAAAUCGGGAAUUGCAGAGAAACACCUUGAGAUGUACACACGCGCACGCUCCUUGUCAGAUUUCUGGACAGCGGUUAUACACACUUGGUCGCAGGACUACAGCUGGCUUAAACCGAGCUCAGUAAAAAACGGAGUUCCAGUUAAGACACAUGUUUCAAAAGAUCGGUUCAACAAUGGUUGGAUACCGGAUACACUCCGCCUUAUCGCUGUAUCCCGAGAAGGUCUGACUUCCACUGAACUCAAGACGAUCCUCCGUGCGUUCGGAUACGCUAAGAAUCACGCCAUCUCACCAGCAGCCUGGGCUCAAUUCAUCUCCGCGACAAAGUGUGCUAUCUACGUCAGAAAUGAUGGGCUGUUGAACUUCCAUCAGGCAAGCCUUCGAGAGGCUAUCGAUGUUCUGCUUCUCAAUGGUUUAACCGCACCUUCCCGCGUCAGGCAUGUGACAAAGUUUGAGAAUCCAUGGGAAGUUCAGAAAUCUCAAUUUCAUUGCGUGCUCACCAAAGGUCUCUCCAAGUUCCCAUGCGACUCGCGACUUGUCAACGAGUUACCAUGGCAACUUAAAGCAGCUGGCGACGUCAGCAGUUUGAAGGCAAUCCUUGCUAGGAGUGACGUGUUUGUCAAAAUGUGGUCAAAUUUGAAUGAUUUAAGAAAUGUUGUCGAUUUCUUAAACUACUGGAAAAUUUUAUCCCAAGACGGCUGUGAUAUGGUUGACACGUAUUGUAACAUGGUGGAUGAGCUCGAGGAAGCUUCAAAGAAGCCUGGAAGCAUAGCUAGUGAGCAAGUCAUCACGCAUUAUACUCUUGACGUCGACAACACCACGCUCUCGGAAAGUCAUGGGAUUGCAGAAACUAUUUUGCGCAAGAAACGCGGAUCAAAAUAUACUGCAAUCGAAGUGGCUUAUGUUGCCUAUUUGGUCGGAAUCUAUUUUCUUGGCCUGCAAAAGUAUGAGCCCGCCAAACUUAUGUUGCAACGUGCGCUAAAGUUAUCACGUGAUGCGACGUCAAUUGACGACGUGGAUUUCCUGUGUCAAGUAUAUAAGAGUCUUGGAGAUUUAUAUUAUAACUGGGGAUUACUAGGAAAGGCUGUUGAUUAUUAUGAAGAUCUACUAAAGACAGCCUCAGGUGUGUCAAGAUACGUAAAUAUAAAUGAGAUGGAGUUUUUGGCAAUCCAGGCACAUGCCAGAUACCGCUUAGCGGCCAUAUCAAUCCGUAAGACGCUUGAUUCUAAUGGAUUUUCAAACGGCGCCACAAGUAACGUUGAAAGCAGUGGAAAACAGAAAGAGAACUCGCUAGUUUUAGUUCCUCGGACGGAUGAACAACUAAAUGAGGCGUCCAGGUUGAUGGAUAUUACUAAAUUAGAAGCAAAAGGUCCACUGUACCAGACAAUGGCUCUAUUGGCAGUCUGCGAUAAACGCCUGGAUGAAGCAGAGUUACUCCUUAACAAAGCAGUUGACAUGGCGGAGAAAUGGUAUGGUCCAUCACACCCUGCGGUUGCAACCGUUCUCCAAGAUAUGGCUAGGUUCCAGUCCUACCGUGGAAAUGAGGAACGCGACGUUACGGAUAUUGAAAAGCUGUACAGACGAGUGUUAGAUAUUCGAGAAAAGAAGCUAGGGAAGUCACAUUUAGAUGUCGCCGAAACAUUGCUGGAAUUGGGCUGUAUUUUACGGAAGAAAGGAACACGAGAUGGUACAAAGGAGUGUAGGGACUUGCUACAAAGGUCUGUUGAUAUUAGGACAGAGAAAUUGGGAAUGUACCAUGAACGGACAAUAGAGGUGAGAAAGACACUCGUGCAGUUAGAGUAGAUAGUUUCCAGAGACUCUUGACAAGUGUCGGCAUGGAUAUUUCUAUUUUUUCUUCGGAAAGGUCAGUAAUUUCAACGUCGAUCCUUAGUAGCCAUACCGAAAGCAUUGCUUUUAAAAGUAAUUACGAUAAACUGUAUUGAAGUCCAGACAGCACCAUAACUUUCUUAGAAUAUU